AUGUUUUCUGGAGUACUUGCUUCUGAAAGAGAGAGGCAUACCCCUGCAUUAACCUCUUCCCCGACAUCAUCGCCUUCUUCGGGCCCUAGUGAAUAUACUAUACAUAGAGCCGCACAUUCACAUGGAAUUGGUCUUCCCUCGCAUCACGAGGGGGCCAAAUCAUCUGAGUCAACCCCGAUCGGAUCUUUCGAAAGAGAUAUGUUCUCGCGAUCAAGUCGUGGUGCUGGCAAUGGUUACUCUUCCUCGCGAAGGUCCCCAUCGCCACCUCCUAAACGCUUCGACCUUGCAAACCGUUUCUCUAUGAAGACGGAUAGAAGCCGCAUAGGAAGCAUAGGGAAUACGGAAGGCAAACUAUGGGGAAAUCCUUCCUCACCUGGCAAAGCGGAAAAGUCGUCGGGGAGGAUCGACAACAACAGGCGAUCGCCUAGUCCCCUGGGUUCUCCGCGCUCACAUUUACUGACAUAUCAAAAGGCAAGUUCACCUCAAUCCUCUUGUCCUCCUGGUUUUGGUCCUCCCAACACUCAAAGAAAUACUUCCACUAGAGCAUCAAGGGCUUCAACGAAUGCCGCUAGAGAAGCAUUUUUCAAAUCCAGGAUAUGCCGCGGUCCGAACAUGAGCGCCAAUUUUGCCUCUCGCAUGGCAUAUAGACAAGGGGCUUCGGGUACCGAUACAAAUUCGGUUGCGAACGUCGAAGCUGUUGAUCCUCUGCUAACAUCUGAUGGACUGGCCGCGGAUGUGAUGAGCCCUGUGUUGCCUUCGUCCAUAUGUGAAAAUCAUCCCGACGUUGCUAGAGGCACUGAAGAAUGCGCUCAAAUACCACAUUUGGAUCGCCCCACUUUUGAAUAUACUAUUGCCUCUGACAUAUCAUUUGAAGACUUCUCGAAAAGACUUGCUCAGGAGGCUUCUACGAUGCCGCUCAGCGAAAACAAACACGAGAUUACGUUCCCGACCAGACAACGCACUCCGAAGGCAGAAGCAGUGUCGGAAUGGCUUACAGAACGACCAUCAGACGGGGAGCAUUCUGGGAGAGAAAAGUUGCCAGAGGAAGAUGUCGACGAGCUGCAAAAGUGGUUUGGGCGUAUGGCAGUACCACUAACAGAGGCCGCCAUAGAGGGGGUUGCGUCUCCUCAGCCUGCAAUUGAUUCAUAUCCUGAACCCAUAGGCAUUCACAAGACAGAAAACAAUGAGCAGCUAGAUUCUACGGUUUUGUCGUUUUUUGAUACGAUAAGAUCUCAAGCGUUGUCAUGUGAUUUACCAACUGAUACCGAAACAGCCACUGGGAGCUAUCGAAAAAAGUCUGAAAGUAAUCGAACACCGCCACACAAUGAUGAACAACAGUCUCGUGGACUGAAGAGAGCCGACUAUUUGAAAGAAUCCGAACCGCUUGAGAGCUCUGAGGUUGAGCGAUUUUUUCAGCUUUUUACCGAAGGGAAGCCAGUUUUUAGUCUGGAUAGACCAGCAUCACAUGGAAGACAGGAUCUUUCUUCACCACAGAAAAUGGAGGACUCAGUGUCCAGUCGUUUGUAUCAUAAGGUAGAGGCGUCAGAUCAGGAAGGCGAUAACGCGGGUCUGAAACUGUUGUGGGCUGAACUGGCAGCUGCGAACCAGGUUGAGUGACAUAACUUGCUUGAGUGCAUUGGGGAUUGCGUUGCGGAGCAAGUAUAUGAGUAAGCCUCUGAUCUUCUCGACGACAACAUUGUUUGCUAAAUGAUAAGCGCUACUGACGCGGUCUUUUGCAAGAGGGCUGCAGGAUAGAGUUGGAUUUCAUCGCAACAACAAGUACUUCGGAAGGCCAGGCCCUGAAAAUCGGCAAAAAUGUACAGCCGGCUGCCCUGUUGUUACGCUCCAGGCGCCAGGCAAGAGAAUAUUUUAGCGUGAUGGUACUCCUUUAAGCUAGCAGUUAAUGAAGAGACGGGCACCGAGCAUCGUAUGUUGCAGGCCCCAUCAUGUUGACUCUCAGGGCGUUCUGUCGACACAGAACUAAAAGGUUCUCCAAGCAGCGUCGGCAUCACAGGCGGGACUUCAUGUAGACUCUUUUAGUUCAAAUCAUCAAAAAACUGGUCUGAGGUUUCUGUCUUA